CUGCUCUUCAGCAACUGAUCCUCUAUGACUACUUCUCGUUAAACUCCGCAGCCGUUCUAGGAACCGCUUUUCUCACCACAAGCAACUUCUCCCCAGGCCAAUUCAGGGCAAGCUUUUGGACCUCAACCACGGACGAGGCAUCACACACAGCUAAACGAAAACCGGCCUAGACACGAAGCUGUCAUCCGGCACACAGAUGACGCGACUUCAAGGUCUUAAAGACGUACCUCUUCUAUUUCCUUAGUAUGCCAACUUCCACCAUCCGAGACGCCGAGGCGCAACAUCUGCUGCAGCACGAUCCAGAGGAAGGGUACGAGAUGAAUUCAAUCAACGGAGAGCCAUCGAAAAUGGGGGAGGAUUCGCUAGACGGGAGUCCAUCGAGGAAACAGAGUGAAAAUAGUGAAGAUGCAGCCUCCCAAGAGGAAGGACUUGUGGUGGGAAUCCAACAGACGGGAAUUGUUUCUACAGACCCUGUUUAUGAGGCGAAGGCGAGGGUUUUGAACGCUGCAAUCCAAGAAAUCGGUAUGGGAUGGUACCAAUGGCAACUUUUUGUCGUCGUCGGUUUCGGCUGGGCAAACGAUAAUCUGUGGCCAAUCGUCACCUCACUCAUUUUGACUCCCGUUGCAAAUGAAUUCAAGCCACCCCAUCCGCCAGUUCUUUCGCUCGCACAGAACAUCGGUCUCCUUGCAGGUGCAAUGUUCUGGGGCUUCGGGUGUGACAUAUUUGGACGAAAGCUGGCCUUCAAUCUGACUCUCCUCGUCACUGCAGUUUUCGGACUGCUUGCAUUCAGCUCUCCCAACUUUGCAGCAAUUUGUAGCUUCUCCACACUCUGGAGCUUUGGUGUUGGCGGAAAUCUUCCAGUGGAUUCGGCCGUCUUUCUGGAAUUUCUGCCAGGUUCACACCAAUAUCUCCUAACGGUCCUCUCAAUCGACUGGGCAAUAGCUCAAGUGGUGGCUACAUUGAUUGCGUGGCCACUUCUGGGUCAUCUGACCUGUCAGUCAGAUGAGAACUGUACACGCGGAGGGAACAUGGGUUGGCGAUACUUCGUUGUUGUGAUGGGAGCAAUCUCGAUGAUUGAGUUCGUCAUCCGCUUUUUGUUCUUCACUGUGUACGAAUCACCUAAAUAUUUGAUGGGAAAAGGGUUGGAUGAACAGGCUGUAAGGGUCGUCCAUGAGGUCGCCAGACGGAACGGCAAAACUUCUACUCUCACAAUCGAAGACCUCAAAUCCUGCGAGCCCCGAGGAGUCCGUCAACAAACCAAUACGCGGGCAGCGCUGAAACGUAAAUUGGAAAGGCUGGACCUCUCCCACGUUCGAGCUCUAUUCGCAACGCGCAAACUGGCUUUCUCAACGGGCCUCAUCAUGGCAAUCUGGGCAUUGAUCGGUCUCGGAUAUCCAUUGUACAACAACUUCCUGCCUUACCUCCAGUCCCUCCGAGGCGUAAAAUUUGGCGACGGCUCAACAUACGUUACGUACCGCGAUUCUUUGAUUGUGGCUGCGGUUGGAAUUCCCGGUGCACUAAUCGGAGGAUAUUUGGUCGAGGUGCCUCGCCUCGGGCGAAAAGGAACUCUUUGUUUAGCCACGUUGAUGACGGGGGGCUUUCUGUAUGGCUCGACAUCAGCACUGACGUCUGGAGCAUUGCUUGGGUGGAACUGCGGAUUCAACUUUGCUGGGAAUAUCAUGUAUUCCGUACUUUACGCCUACACACCCGAGAUAUUUCCAACGAAGGAUAGAGGGACAGGAAACGCAUUGACAGCAACAUCAAAUCGAAUUUUUGGUAUCAUGGCUCCAAUCAUCGCUAUGUUUGCAAACCUCCGUACUGCGGCGCCAGUCUAUACCAGCGGUGCUCUCUUCUUCCUGGCCGGUCUACUAGUAGCUAUACUUCCAUUUGAGUCACGAGGAAAGGCAAGCCUGUGAGCGAUUCACAUCUUGGAGCCACAAUGAUUGCGAAGCGAAAUUUUGGAGAGAAAAACAAGUGGUGCAAUCGGUUUUAUUGUACAAAAGCGCAGCUGAACACUGCCCGAUAUCUUUCUCUCCCCUAGAAACCGGAGUGACCAACGACACUAUGAACCUCUCCGCGCGUCCACAACUUGGUCACGUCCGCCGGGAUGCCGAGGCCCAAACUAGAAGGUAAAAAAUAACUUUUUUUGAAGACCAAGUCCUAGUGUGAACCGAGUAUUCAAAUCGCGCAUGCUUUAAUCUGCACCAAUGCACCAUAUCAGUAGCGCUCAAUGUAACAAGCAUUAAGCGGCACUGACGAAUGCUUUGCCACGCUCCCUGAGAUCAGAUUCCGUUGACGUGUCUUUCUGGCAUGGCGAUAUCAUUUAGAC